AUGAGAAGAACUCCCUUCAUCGGUGGUAACUGGAAGUGCAACGGAACCGUGUCCUCGAUCAAACAGCUUGUAUCCGAGUUGAAUCAAGGAACAAUGAAUAACAAUGUGGAAGUAAUUGUUGCUCCAUCGGCUGUUCAUAUCGGAUUGGUUCAAUCUUUGGAUUUGAGAAAGGAUUGGAAGAUUAGUGCCCAAAAUAUUGUUCAAGAAAAGAACGGUGGUGCCUUCACGGGAGAAAUCUCUGCUGCCAUGUUGAAGGAUAUGGGAAUUGAAUAUACAUUGUUGGGACACAGUGAGAGAAGACACAUCUUUGGUGAGUCCAAUGCUGUGAUUGCAAAGAAGGUUAAGGCUUGCGAGGAGACUGGAUUGACCAUCAUUGGAUGUGUGGGAGAAACAUUGGAAGAAAGAGAAAGAGGUGAAACCAACGCUGUGAUCACUACUCAAUUGAAAGAUUUUGGUGUUACUAAUUGGGAUAAAUUCGUGAUUGCCUAUGAACCAGUGUGGGCCAUCGGAACUGGAAAGACUGCCACUCCAGAACAAGCACAAGAAGCUCACAAGGUUUUGAGAGAUUGGUUGAGUCAAAAUAUUAGCUCUGAAGUUGCUGAUAAAGUGAGAAUUAUUUAUGGAGGAAGCGUGAAGGGUGACAAUUCUGAUGAACUCAUCAAGAAACCAGAUAUUGAUGGUUUUCUUGUUGGAGGUGCCAGCUUGAAAGGAAAGGAAUUCUUACAAAUUGUAGAUUCAGGUGUCAAGAAGGCUCAACAACAAUGA